AAUCAAUUUUCCCAAUGGAAGACAAAGCCCCGAAUUUUCUUCCUCCGGUUCCAGCCCAUCGAUCGGAUCUCCCUAGAUGGCCGCCUCCGUCCUACCGACGCUGCUGCUGCUCCUAGUCCUCGCCGCCGUCGCGCCGGGCCCCUCCAGCGCGCGCCACGUGAUCACCUUCGCCCCCUCCCGCGGCGUCGCCCCCGCGUCGCUCGCCUGGGACCCCACGGCCCAGCACUUCGUCGUCGCCGGCGGCGGCGACGCCGUGCUCUCCGUCUCAGACGCCGGGGUCACGGAGUCGAUCCUCUCCUCCGGCGCCUCCGCGGUCGCCGUCGACGACCGCCGGCGCCGCCUCCUCGUGGCGUCCGCGGGCUCCGUCUCCGUCUUCGAUCUCCGCUCCCCGCGCCCGCACCGACUCAUCCUCUCCGCCCCGUUCCCGGACCCCUCCCAUCCCGGCGGCAUCGCCGUGGACCCGCACACCGGGAACGCCUUCCUCACUGUGGGCGCCCGAAUCUACAAGCUGUCCACCGAGGGCGACCUCUCCCCGCUCCCUUCCGCACCGGCAUACGGCUCCGAGCCCCUGGCCUCGCUCACCGCGCACGUGAGCCGGGGGUUCCUGCUCGUGGGCCAGACCAGCACGGGCCACCUCCUCCGCGUCGACAUGGAGGACGGCGCCACGAAGACCGUGUCGGGCGCCUUCACGCCCCCCACGCCGGUCGCCGUGGCGGUCCGGAGCGACGGGGCGGUGGCGGUGGGCGGCGCGGCGGUGCUGCGCCUCGUCGUGAGCAACGACGGGUGGGCGUCUUUCGGGGUACGGGACGAGGCGGCGCCUGACGGCGCCGUGGUCGCGGUGGCGGUGCGUGAGCGGAGGCGGGUGUACGCGCUGGUGGAGGCCGGUGCGUUGGACGGUGGGAGGGAGUGGCGGAUCGAGGAGGUGUCGUGGAAAACGGAGUCCGAGGGGGAGAUGGUUGUGGUCUUCCUAUUCGUCGGCGCCGCCCUCGCCAUCUUCAUGUUCUGGAGGUUCCAGAUGCGGCAGCUCGCCGGCAACAUGAGCAAGAAGAUCAGAUAACAAAUGCAAUGCCUCCUUCCUUACUUUGUUUUGGAAGGAAUAUUAAUUUCUUGGUUUUGUUCUGCAUUAGUUGGUCUACGUAGAUACUUGUGGAUUAGACACGUUACUUAUUUAUGACUGUGGAUCUGUGAUCUUGCUGCGUUAGUUCUUGUUAAGGCACAAUUCUGGAGUACUGAUUCUCCUGAUUGGCAAUUGUACUUGCAAAAUUAUACAGUGUAAUGGAAAAAAGUCGCACUGCAGUUUUGUUAUGUUGAUGAAUUUCAUUUGGUGUAAUAAACUGAUGGUGC